AUGCCAUCAAACGAACACCUCAUCUCCCUCACUCGUCGCUUCCGCGUCCUCAUCGCAGGCGCCUCAUAUGGAGGCCUCGGCGCAGCCCUCACCCUCCUCGAUCUCUCCCGAGGCCAACCCUCCCGCUUCAACUACGACGCGGAGAUCAAACCACCACAGCACCAUAUCCCAGUAGACAUCACCCUGGUAGACGAGAAAGACGGAUUCUAUCAUCUUAUCGGAUCCCCCCGAGCACUUGUCGACGAGCAAUUCGCCUCGGAUACCUGGACGCGUUUCUCGAAUAUCAAGGCUCUCCAGUGCCCCCAUGUGCGCUUUAUCCGGGGGAGUGUUACCGCUGUCGAUUGCAAGAGUAAGACAGCUACGAUAUUAGACUCGGUGAGGGGGACGAGCAGGGAGGAAGGGUACGACUUUUUCAUUGCGGGGACGGGGUUGCGGAGAGUGUUUCCGACUGUUCCGCAGAGUCGAACGCGGGAGGAGUUCCUGGCUGAGGUGGGGAAGAAUACUGCAGAUGUGGUGAAUGCACGGCAGGGGGUAGUGGUUGUUGGCGGAGGCGCCGUGGGAACGGAAAUGGCGACGGAAAUCAAGCUGCUGUAUCCCCAGCUGCAUGUUACGCUGAUACACUCGCGUGAGCGUCUUCUCUCCGCCGAGCCUCUGCCGGACGAAUUCAAGGACCGCGUGGGGACCGUCAUUCGCGGGACGGGCGUUGAGCUCAUCCUGGGGCAGCGCGUCGUCGAUACUACCGCGAUAGAAGAGAAGACGGGGCGAGUUUGGAGUCUGACGCUGGCGGAUGGUCGUAUCAUCAAGGCGGGUCAUGUCCUCAGCGCGGUGUCGCGGUGCACGCCUACCUCGUCGUAUCUGCCACCGCAGGCCUUGGAUGAGGAGGGUUAUGUUAGGAUUCGGCCAUCUCUGCAAUUCCCGUCGACGAUUCCAAAUGCCAGCCACCACUUUGCCAUCGGCGACCUGGUCGCCUGGUCCGGCAUCAAACGCUGCGGUGCGGCGAUGCACAUGGGGCAUUAUGCGGGUUAUAAUACCCACCAAUUGAUGCUUGCCGAGUGCGUCGCCUCGAAGCCGGUGUUUCGGGAAUUGCAGGAGAUUCCACCCAUGAUCGGACUAUGUCUGGGGAGGACGGCUGUCUCGUAUCACCCGGCGGACGGCGUCAAGGAGGGCGAGGAUAUUCUGGCGUCCAUGUUCGGGGAUGACAUGGCGUACAAAGUGUGCUGGAAUUAUAUGCGGCUGUCGGAGCCAUAUGCCUAG